AGAACAUGCGGCAUUGAUGUUGUGACUUCGAAAGAUCUCCUGUCUUCUGUGAUUCAACUGAUAAAAGAAAUAUUCUCAUCUUUCAAGUUGGAGCACUCUGUGAUGGCACAUUCUACCUGAAGAAAAGAUGGAGUUUAUUAAAGAGGAGAGUGAAGACAUCAUUAUUCCAGAUCUGUGUGCAAUAAAAAAAGAAUCUAUGGAGAAACAAAAAGACCAGAUGGAAGAGAAAAAGGAAAGCCAAGAACUAAAUGAAGAGGAGAAAAAAUAUCACCAUCAGAAACCUGCUGAUUUCAUAACUGGACAUAAAUAUUAUAGUUGCUCACAGACUGAAAUUAAUUUUGCACUAAAAAGAUCAAAAGCAAAAAAAGCCAUGUGCCCUCAAUGUGCAAAGAGUUUCACAAAAAAAGGAAACCUUAAGAGUCACAUAAAAAUUCACACUGGAGAGAAGGCUUUCACUUGUCUUCAGUGUGGAAAGAGUUUCAUACAGAAAGUACACCUCUCUUUACACAUGAGAAUUCACACUGGUGAGAAGCCUUUCACAUGUCUUCAGUGUGGAAAUAGAUUCAGACACAAAGUACACCUUACAAAUCACAUGAGAGUUCACACUGGAGAGAAGCCUUUCACUUGCAAUAAGUGUGGAAAAAUUUUUGCAGAAAAAGAGUAUUAAAACCCACAUAAGGAUUCACACUGGAGAGAAGCCUUAUGCAUGUCUUCAAUGUGGAAGGAGUUUCAGGCACAAAGUAAACCUUACAAAUCACACGAGAAUUCAUA